CCCGUUGAAGAACUCAUGAUAUCUCUGUUCUAAAUUAUCUUCUCUCUUUGUAGAAUCGGGAUGGUUCAAGUUUAAAAAUAUGUUUAGCCGUAAGACCCACUUUCCUUUACGAAAUCAAGACGAUUUCAGAGGGCCAAACGCUCAAGUGUACAGCCCAAAUACAGCUAGAAGCUACAAUCCACCUCCUGCUAACCCUAUGAAUACUUUCUCUGGAGGAGCUAUGGGAAGUCCAGAUCAGGGCAAGUUUGGUGGAGGAGCUGGAGACUUCAGAUAUGGCACUCAGCCCAAGAGCCCCGACUACGGCGCUCCUGACUACGGCUAUAACCCCAACAAGUUCAACACAUUCGACAGCAAAGCUACCUACAACGACCCUCCCAAACCCUCCUACUCCGGCUUCGACCCACCCAGUUACUACGACCCACCAAAAGCCGCAUACGACCCGCCCAAAGCGGCGUUCGAACCCCCGCAGUCCCCGAAGGGAGGGUACGGGGGACAGUACGAUCAGGGUAGCAACUUUGAUAACACCUCACGAUACGAGCAGAACACCAUGGACUCUAGAUAUCGUGGUGAUAACGCGUCCAGAGGCUACCCUACUAACGACCGUAACCCAUCAUACGGCGGCGGCGGCAACUUCAAGUCCUCCCAAUUAUAGUGGUAUCAUUUUAUGAUACGUCAUAGAUUUCCCCUUGAACCUCAUUUUACGGUUUUUACGUUUUUACUUCGAGUUAGGUUGGAAUUGGUAACAUGGGUUUUUGAGCUGGCCAAAGUCCUCAAAUAAUCGAGGAUUUUAAGGAAAAGGAGACAUAGAGACUGAUAGUGUUCCGUUUAUAUAUUUGAAUAAUAUGAUAUGAAUUCCAUACUUAAUCAUAUUAUAUACAUUUAGAAUCUGAAAUAUUUUAAGUUCCCGAUGUUUUACAAAUUUAUAAUUUUAGUUGCCAAGUGCAUUGAUUGUGCUGUUUUAGUCAAUAGCCAGAUUUUCAGAAAUUUCUUGAUCAGAUAUCAGUUUAUAAUUAAAUGAUAAAUUUUAACCUUAAAUAUGGGCAUGAUUUCUUGGAAUACAUUUAUUAUUCAGACUUCAGAGGCAGGGAUUAUUUUUUGUUAAUACAAACUCUUUUGUAGUUUCAAAUACAACAGACCACCUAAUUUGUAAUCUGUUUCUAUGAGUAAUCAUAGAUUAUUAACCACGCAAUGCAUGUCAUGUUACUUUAGAAUUUGUUAGUGUCGCCGAGUGUUCAUUUAUGAACAGUUCUUCUCUAAAACAUGUGUCAGUGUGCCCAAGUGGUACAGUACAUUAUUCGUAUAUGUCCAUCACUCUAGAGUGGUAUGUUUGUUCGCUUUAGAUACAGCGAGCACGAGUUAUGAAUGUGAUCGGGGUCUCGCAGACCUGAUUUAUCUUUUUUUUCGGGUUUCUGAUAAUGAGAUAUAUUGUCAAUGUCAGGGGGUUUGAGAAAAUCACAGAGAACAACAAACGAUAUAUUAUAACCAUUUCUUAUCAUGUUCAAUAAUCAAUAAAGGAUGAUAGAUACUGGAGAUAAUAUUGUCUUUGUUAACAAUUCAUUAUUUGUGACAAGAAUUAAAAUUGUUAAGAUGAGAUUUAACAUCAUAAUAUGUAUAUUGCAUUAUAGAUUCGAUAUAAAUCUUAUUAAAACUGUUAUAAGCUAUAUUGACAACGAAACUUGUUAUAUAAAAUGUACGUUACUGCUCAAUUUAUUUUAUAUAAGAAUUUAAUGCAGACAUAA